CUGAAUGACUCACCACCCUGGGGCCACCACGCCUCCUUUGCCCCCCUCUCUGAUUUCUUCUGACAGAAUAUGGAGUCAUUUGAAUAAACUGUUCUUUUGGGGCUUCUUUUCUUCUCCCACAUGUAAGGCUUAUUUACCAUUUUGAAGCUUGCAUCUCCAAACCAACGUGAUGUGGAAAAGGAGUUUUCUCGCGUUCCUUUUCUCUCUUUCACUUCAAAAAGCUGCUCUGGAUUGUGAGACAAGAGGAAUAAACAAACUCCUUUCUCCAAGUUUGGACUCAGAAACAAAAGCAGUCAGGAGAGGUCAAAAUGUAUCACUAAUUUGUUCCAAUCAGAACAAAUCACUAGAGAUCACUUAUUUUUUGUUUCGGAAUGAGAAACACCUGAGAACCCAGAAUGGAAAAGGUGAACCCGUGAUUUUUAACCUAAGCAUCUCAGAAGCCCAUGAGUUGGGCCCCUACAAAUGCAAAGCUCAAAUUUCUAACUGUUCAAUUAGCAAGUACAGUCGUGAGUUCAACUUCAUAUUUGUUGACCCAGUGAUCACACCAGUGCUGAACGUUAAUGUUGUUAAAAUAGAAACAGACCGACAUAUAACACUACGUUGUAUCUCCUUCAAUGGCUCUCUGCCCAUCACUUAUACUUUCUUUGAGAAAAAUAUUGCCAUAUCACCAGCUAUUCCCAAGUAUGUAAGGGAGCCUGCUGAAUUCAACGUAACCAAGAACAGUGCUGGAGAAAUGGAGGAGUAUAGGUGCAAAGCUAAAAACGAGUUGCCUGAUCACACAAGAUACAGUCAGCCAAUCCUCAUCAAUCCCCAAACAGGUGGAUACAGCUGUCCUUUCUGCCUGCAGCUACUACUUCCAGGGUUAUUGCUGGUGGUAAUCAUAAUAAUCUCAAUUCUGGCAUUUUGGAUACGACCAAAGUACAAAGCAAGAAAAGCUAUGAGAGAUAAGACACCCAGAGACAAUGGAAAUACGGCCAUGGAAGUUGGAAUAUAUGCAAAUAUCUGUGCAAAUCAAGCAGGUCAGGAACCUGUGCCAGGCUUGGAACCACGGCAGUGUGUUCCCACAGCCCAAGAAGGAAUCAGACACCCCCAGGAGAUCCAUUAUGCUACUCCCAUGUUCCAGGAGGUGGCACCAAGAGUUCAUGAAGCCUGUAACGACCAUAAAACUGGCUAUCUUUAUUCUGAUCUCAUCUUGUGAAAUCUAAGUUGUGAAAUAAGAUACAUCUCAGUGUUAGAUCCUUUUUAUAAAGCUGAUUUACAUGAAGCAAAUGUGAUCAAUACUUAAAAAUACCUCACUGGUGACCUAAAAUGAAUUACUAUUUUUCAUGAUUAGCACUA